UGGGCAAACAUUACAGAAAUGCUUAGAUUUCUGUGUCCGUUUAUCCUUUUUCUGGUUUGUAUUUCUUCCAAGAAGUAGCUGCUUCAAUUCUGAAUAGUGUACUGCAUCAUGAAAUUGGAGGUCCCAGAAAGUUUUGAAGAUGUUGCUGUUGAAUUUUCAAGGGAGGAGUGGGAGAUGCUGAGUGAAAAGGAGAAGAAGUUACACCAGGAAGUGAUGGUGCAGAACUUCGAUCACAUGAUAGAUGUCGGGUAUAACAUCCCAGUGGACCACCUUUGGUCACUUAUUUUGAAAGAUAAGAUACUUCCAUCUGGUAUCGGUGACAGAGAAAGGAAUCUGCAGCAAAAUCAGCUUCCUGGUAACAGAAUUAGCAUCAACCAGGAUGCAGAUAUUUCUGUGAUCCAGAGUCUUCAGUCAUCCCAUGAGAAAUCCCAGGAUGCUGAAUUUAACAAAGCUCUCUCAGAUAAGAUGCCAAUCACAAGGGAAAACGCAAUGCAUUCUGAAACCAGACAUAACUGCAAGGAAAUUCAUGAUAGGUUUAUAAAAAAAAAAAAACUAGAAACACAUCUACAAACUCCCAUGGAAAUGGCAUGUAGUCAGCUUAAUCACAACAACGGUGUAACAUUCAAUAUUAAUGAUUUAACCGAUCAAUUAAGUCACAGCAGGAAAAGACAAAAUAAUACAAUGGCAUUACAUGAGCAGAUAUGCAAUAAACAAAAGCUUUACAAAUAUGUCACAUGCAACCAGAGUUUUGCAGAUAGAAAGACUUUAACAGAACAUAUGAUAAUUCAUACUGGUCAGAAGCCCUACAGAUGUACCACGUGUGAGAAGAGUUUUACAAAGAGGAGUAAUAUGAUAGCUCAUGAAAGGACUCACAGUGGACAGAAACCCUACAAAUGUAGUGUGUGUGACAAGAGGUUUGCACAGAGGAGUAAUAUGAUAUCUCAUCAAAGUGCCCACAGUGGACAGAAGCCCUACCAAUGCAGUGUGUGUGACAAGAGAUUUGCAUGGAAAAAGACUAUGGUACUUCAUCAGCAUGUCCACACAGGACACAAACCCUACAAAUGCAAUAUGUGUGACAAGAGUUUUGUAAAGAAGAGUCAGAUGGUAAGUCAUCAGAGUACCCACACAGGACAGAAAAAGUACAAAUGUGCCACAUGUGGUAAGGGUUUUGCGCACAAGAGUAAUUUGAAUAGUCAUCAGAAUACACACACUGGGCAGAAAUCCUAUAAGUGCAACAUGUGUGACAAGACAUUUACAAUGAAGGGUAACAUGGUAAAACACCAACAUAUACACACUGAAGAGAAGCCCUAUAAAUGCACCACGUGUGACAAGAGUUUUGUACAGAAGAAACAGAUGGUAACUCAUCAGACUAUCCACACGGGACAGAAAAACUACAAAUGUGCCACAUGUGGUAAGGCUUUUUCGCAGAAAAGCAAUAUGUAUACACAUCAGAAUAUACACAUGGGGCAUAAACCAUAUAAGUGCACCAUGUGUGACAAGACAUUUUCACAAAAGUGUAGCAUGGUAAAACACCAACAUAUACACACUGAAGAGAAGCCCUAUAAAUGCACCAUGUGUGAAAAGAGUUUUGCCCAGAAAAUUCAGAUGGUAAAUCAUCAGAGUUCCCACACUGGACAGAAAAACUACAAAUGUGUCACAUGUGGUAAGAGCUUUAGUCACAAAAGUAAUAUGUAUAGGCAUCAGAAUACACACAUGGUGCUGCUAAAUUAAUAACUGAUAAAGUUCUAUCACAGGAACACAGGGCAGUGAAGGAAAAGAGAGGGCAAAAGUGAAUAUCAUCAUGGAAAUAUCGAAUAUAGAAAACUAUAAAGCAGCUAAGACAAGAAGUGUCAUUGUUAGA